AUGAGCAACUUAAACCAAACUCUUUCGAAUAGUAUCAGUUGCUUACAAGGCUCUAAAUUAAUAAAUACAAUUAGCGAUAUAUUAUUCGGUAGUUGCUUAGCUGCACCAGUGGCAAUUUUAUGCACUAUAUUUAUUAAUCGAACCGGAAGAAAAUUGCUGUUUAUUACUGUAGCUACCUUAACUGGUUUAUCUAUUUUCUUAAUAUGGUUAAUUGAUAAAACAAUUACCGCCCAGAUAUUCGCCACUAUAUUUACCACAAUAGCUGUUAACGGAUGGAUUCCUCUCGAAUUAUGGAGCGCAGAGCUGUUUCCAACGGAACUAAGAGCAUCAGCAGUAGGCUUCGUCAAUUUUAUAUCUGGACUCGGAUUUCUUCUCGGUAUAUUGACAUUUUCGUUAAUAUUUCACGUAAGUUGUACAGCUACUUUAUUACUACCUGCUAUCUUAUGUACGUUCGGCGGAUUAUUAUCUUGCCUACUACCAGAUACGACAGGAGCUGAUAUAGAUUAA